CAUAGCGAGUACUUCUUUAAUUUUUGUGUGUUUUCCAUAUAUUCAGUUUUCUUAUUCGAUACUUUGUUAAUUUAGAAUGUUCUUAAUUAUUUGUAAUGUUUCAGAAAAUUCUUGAAAUCAGAUUAUUAGUGCAUUUCGCUUUCAAUUUACUUCCGAUGAUUUGUUUCCCGUGGUUGUGUGGAGCUAGAAAUCUCUUGUGACAGAUUAGGUUCAGUUUUCUGUUACUGAAAUUAGGGACUCGAUGCAAAUUGAUAUGCUAGGGUUCUACAUGCUGAAUUAUCUAAAUAAAGAGUGCUCGUUUUUUGCUUCAAUUUACUUAAUUGCUGAUUGUUGCUGACUAUUUGGAUGUGAAAUGAUGGGAUUAUUUCCUGCUUUAUGCAUCUGAAGCUGCAAGUCCAGCUCGAAAAACAGUUGCCAAAAAAAUUGGCAAGCCAAUCGAAUUUUGCAGCCGAGCUCGAGCCUUCUGGUAAUCAGCUCGGUUUAGUUCGUGUAUAGCCUAAGCCUACUUAUACUUGAUUUAUGAUUAAUCCCAUUCUCCGAUUUCUAAAGGUGGCUUUUCUUCGAGUAUGCGUGCUGCAAAUGUUGGUAUAAUUGAUAACAAUCUAGUGUCAAGAUAACUUAAAGAGACACCAUGUGUUUCGAUUAAAGAGACCCCACAUGUUUCUGUUUUCUAAAGCAUUUUGUUUGUAUUUGAGCCAUUAUAAAUCAAACAACUCAAAAAUGAGUUUUGGGUCAUAAUGAGUAGGAUGGAAGGAGUAUUAACAAGGUAGAGUUAUAUGGUUUGUUCAACUUAGGUUGCCACUUAUCAAUGUACUUGCAGUCUUCAAUUAGGUCAAAGAAUGUGUUCAAUGAGUUUUGAAAUUUUUAAGAUAUAGAUCGUAAAAUUUUGUUGGGAAAUGGAAAAUCCAAUGCAGGUAUAUCUAUAUGUGUGUGACGCUAGCUUUGGUUGUCUUAAAGUAUUUGUUUUACUGGUUGUGAAGAACUAGACAAAUGACACCGGGUCUGUUUCAAUACCUUGAGAUUUUGUUUUGGUGGGUGCUAAUUGUGAUUUGGAGAUUGGAGACUUGAUCUGGAUAAAGGUUAGUGUAUAUCAGGGAAAGCUAUAAAAAGAAACUUUCUCCCUUGUGAAAGGGUCAUUCACUGACAUGGACCAACCGGAAAAAUCCAGCUCGAAUCCGGGCCCAAGCAAACUACUUUCACGGCCACCGGAAUUACAUCAAAGUGAUGCAGAUGAGGACGAUGAGAAUGUCAAGCAGCUUGGAGAAUGCUCCUCUGUGUACUUAGCUCUACAGGAUUGUCUUGUCAAUUCCAACAGGAAUUGGAAAUCUUGUCAAAAAGAAGUUCAACUCCUAAAAGCAUGUAAUGGUGGAAGAAAUAACUGAGCAGGUGCAGGUGGUGUUCGAUUUCUUAGACUAAAAAAUAGAGAGAUGGAAUAUAUGGAAAGCCAAGAUUGUAUCUUUGUUAAAGGAAAACUUUUUGGUUGGCUUGACCUUUGUUUUUGAUAAUUGAAAUCAUGUUCGGUUA